AGGAGGCUCAGACUGGGCGUGGAGCGGCAGAUCAGGCUCACCCACCCCUCCUCCCCCCCAGUUCCACACGCAGGCUCGAUUAUCUGAAGGCAUGGAUACUUCUCAAUCCAAACCAUAUCCAGUGAAAAAACGGGUGAAAAUACAUCCCAACACCGAGAUGGUAAAAUACACCUCUCACUAUCCACAGCCCGGAGAUGACAGCUAUGAGGAAAUCAAUGAAGACUAUGGGAAUUUUCUAGAAGAAAACCCCAGGAAAGGGCUGCUGAGUGAAAUGAGAAGGAAAGGAAGAACUUUCUUUGGCACGAUAGACCCUCAGCCUGUCUCCACAGAAGACACAAGGACCAAUGAGAUGGGCCAAUUCCAGGGAUUGGCAGAAAAGAACCUCUUUCAGUCUCGAAAAAUGUGGAUCGUGUUGUUUGGAUCUGCUUUAGCCCAUGGCUGUGUGGCUCUCAUUACCAGGCUUGUUUCCGAUCGUUCGAAGGUUCCAUCCUUAGAGCUCAUCUUUAUCCGUUCUGUCCUGCAGGUCUUAUCUGUGUUCGUUGUGUGUUACUACCAGGAGGCUCCCUUUGGGCCUAGGGGGUACAGGUUACGCCUCUUCUUUUACGGGGUAUGCAAUGUCAUCUCGAUCACCUGCGCUUACACGUCAUUUUCCAUCGUUCCUCCCAGCAACGGGACCAUCAUGUGGAGAGCCACCACCACAGUCUUCAGCGCCAUCUUGGCCUUCUUACUCAUCGAUGAGAAAAUGGCCUGUGUGGAUUUGGCCACUGUGGUUUGCAGCAUCGUGGGGGUGUGUCUUGUCAUGAUCCCCAACAUUGUGGAUGAGGACAAUUCUUCGUUGAAUGCUUGGAAGGAAGCCUUUGGGUACACCAUGACUGUGAUGGCCGGAAUGACCACUGCGCUUUCUAUGAUCGUGUAUCGAUCCAUCAGAGAAAACAUCAGCAUGUGGACAGCCCUGUUUACCUUUGGUUGGACUGGGACCCUCUGGGGACUGUCGACCAUGUUUGUUCUUCAAGAACCCAUCAUCCCGUUAGACGGAGAAACGUGGAGUUACCUCCUCGCCAUCUGCGUCUGCUCUACCGUAGCCUUCUUAGGGGUAUAUUAUGCGUUGGACAAAUUCCAUCCUGCUCUAGUUAGCACGGUGCAGCAUCUGGAGAUUGUGGUAGCUAUGGUCUUGCAGCUUGUGGUGUUACAGAUAUUUCCGAGCGUGUAUGAUAUCUUCGGAGGGGUGAUCAUUAUGAUCAGUGUGUUUGUCCUUGCUGGCUAUAAGCUUUACUGGAGGAAUUUAAGAAGGGAAGAUUAUCAGGAAAUACUAGAGUCUCCCAUUAAAUGA